GCGGACGUAGCGGGGCUGAGAGGUACGGCCAUGUUGCGGCCGCGGACGGCGGGAAAUCGCGGCCGCCCAUGGGAGGCGUGCGGCACUGGCUCGAGGAAAAAGGACGGGGAGAUGGGCAGGUUGGGCGGGGAAAAGAGAGGGCCGCGAGGCGGCGCGACGCAGAGGGCGUGCGGCCUCGCGGGCGCCACGCACUCCUGCCUCGGUCGCGUCGACGGGCGGCCGGGAUCGCGCUCCUCGCCACACUGACUCCGCACGCUGCCUGCACAGACUUUUCUCUUGCGUUUUUCGCCGCGCCGGUACCGGCGGGCACGUGAUACCUGUUUUUUCUCUCUCGCUCGACUGUGACAGCCGGGUGUCGCGUGCGAUCGCACUUUUCCCGCCACUUUUAGUGGAAAUCGGACGGCUCACAAGUUUUUGGCGCGAAAUGUGUACGGAUGGUUCCUAGUGUCAGAGCUAGAAUGACUGCACGGUUUGUUUGUGAAAAGUCGUUGGAGCUGUGUUAGCCGGUCUAGUAGCUGCAAAAGUCGUAAUAAUGGAUGACUGGGAGCGGCACGUAACGCCUCUCCUGCAGGAUAUGGGCUGCCCCAGCGAAGAUGCUCAGGACGACUUCUUUAACCAACAAGACUUGCUCGUGGGCAGCAGCGGGGCGGGCGCGGGCGGUGCGGCCACGUCGCCAGACGGGGGCUCCAACUCGGCGCCUCCGCUGUCGCCAGGCGGCUCCGCCGUGGCCGGCGGCGCGCUUUCCCCGGGCGCCGGCAGCCACGCCAGCACCCCCGCAGCCUCCUGCUGCGACACGCCGCGCCCCAUCAUCACCGACCCCGUCUCCGGGCAGACCGUCUGUUCCUGCCAGUACGACGGCGCUCGCCUCGCACUCUCCUCCUACCCCCGGCUCUCCAGCGCCGCCGUCGGCGUAUACGGCACGCCGUACCCCUCCACCGACCAGAACCCCUACCCUAGCAUCGGCGUCGACAGCUCCGCAUUCUACUCCCCAUUGAGCAACCCUUACGCACUGAAGGAGGGCGGCGGCGAGAUGUCGGCGUGGACGUCUGCGGGCCUGCAGCCCUCGGGCGGCUACUACCCCUACGACCCCACGCUCGCGGCCUACGGAUAUGGAGCGGGGUACGAUUUAGCGGCGAGACGGAAAAAUGCCACGCGGGAGUCUACCGCCACGCUCAAAGCGUGGCUGAACGAGCACAAGAAGAACCCGUACCCGACGAAGGGCGAGAAGAUCAUGCUCGCCAUCAUCACCAAGAUGACGCUCACGCAGGUCUCAACGUGGUUCGCCAACGCGCGCCGCCGCCUCAAGAAGGAGAACAAGAUGACGUGGGAGCCCAAGAAUAAAACCGACGACGAUGACGACACCAUUCUCUCCGAUGACGAAAAGGACAAAGACGACCAGGACGACAAAAUCAAACCCCACAAAGAUGAGGAGAGGAAAGGCGACGAGCUGCUGCAGGGGAUGCACCACCAGCUGCUGGGAUACGGUAUCAAAGAGGAGGCGAAAAGGGGAUCCGACUGCGGCGUGCCAAUACCGGCGUCCAAGCCUAAGAUAUGGUCAUUGGCGGACACAGCGGCGUGCAAGACGCCGCCGCCAGCGGCGCAACCAUGGCCACAGCAUGGGUACGGCGCGGGGCCCGAGCGCGGCGCAGACAGCGGCUCCAACGGGUUCGCGCUGCCUGCCACGGCAGCUGCCAGCCCCGCCACUGGUUCAUACGGCCGGUACGGUGGCUUCCCCGGCCAGUACGGCGCGCAACACCCCUGUGUGCACCCCGCCGCUUUUCCCGAUGUGCAGACUGACACGCCGCCGCAGACGCCGCCCAACAUGAAAGUGCCCAGCGUGGCCAACCCGCUUGGCAGCGGCGGCGGUGCGCCCUACUGCUUCCCGCGCCACCAGCAAUCACCGCAGCGCGACCCCUACCACAACAACCACCACCCUGCAAACCAUCAGCCCAACCAGCCCCAUCACAAUGAAGGCUCGGCCGCGUUCAAGCCCUUUUAUAAAAGUUCACUACAACAUCCCAACGGUUUCGUGCCGGCCGUCUGAAAGCGGACCGCUCCACUGGCGGUAAAGCAAGUGAAGUGGGUCGCUGCGCCGCGUCUCGGACACUGGGCAGUGUUGAGUGUUUCAGUCCGUGACGUCACGUCAUGGCGAUUAAGACACUAUGAAAAGCACUAGCCCUUCCUUAGGCUCAAAUAUGAAUGAUGGUCGUCGACCCAUUGUAAUUUGUAACCUAUUUGUUUGGUGCAUUGAUAUGUAAUUACAUUGUAUGGUGUACUUCGAAUCCCUAAAUGCACAGAAUUGUAGGUAUCUUAUGAUAUUUUGUUAUCUGUACCUAUUUGAUUUUUGAUAGAGGUUUGUCGACUUUCGUCCUACUUUGUACUUAAAACGAAUCACUGUACGAAAUCAAUAUUGCUCAGUAUUUUUAUAGAUUUAAGAGUAUUAUGGAAGUAUAAGUAAAUAAAUUAUUUGUAUAUUUGCAAGGCUCGGCGCCGCGGCUCGGCGUGUAACUUGUGGCUCGGGUGUGGCCGGCGCUGGUACUGUUGUUUUACUAAGUUCUUCCAUCUUUCAUUUGUCUAAAUGUAAUUUCAAAGCAAUAAGUUAUUGAUUAGUUCUGGUGCCAGACAGUACUUUUACUAGUUCAUAAGAUAGAGUACGCUCAGUACGUAGGCAGUAAGGGAAGCAUAGUUUGGUUUCGUACCCUAUAUCGUAAACUAUUGUUUAUUUUUGUUAAAAAAAACUAUAUGAAUAAUCGAUAAACAACCAUCGGUUCGGUUAUUGUUGUUGCCCUUGUAUAUAAAAUGUUUUGUAGAUUUUCUAUUUUUAGUUUCUCAAAAAGUGUACAAAGUAAUUAGUAUGUUUCGCCACUUUCGAUGUUGUUGAUGACACUCGGAAUGAUCUUUAUAAAUAUUGUUUAAAAGUAUUAUUAGUAUACCUUGUAAAUAUAUUCAGAAUAACGGUUUAUUUUUUAAAUAUUGUUUGCGGUCACUAGGGAUCUUCGGUCGACGUAAUGUGUGUUGUAUUCAAAUUUUAAUCGUCCGUUUUAAAGUUAAAAUGAGUUGAGAUGAGUUAAUGAGUUAUCUGAUGACCAAUCGAUUGU